AUGUGGAGCUUGAAGAAACCACCAAUGAAACGGGCUAAACCUAAAACUUGGUUAAAAGAAGGACCAUCUACUUACCAUCUAAAAUACGUGGAAAGACUCAAGCAGCUUCAUAAGACUCUUCAUUGGUUACUACUCAUCUCGGUUCUGGCGAAUACGGCACCUAUAACCAUUCUUCCCGGCUGCCCCAAUAGAUUCUACCGAUUGAUCCAUCUUCUUUGGAUGACAAUUUGGUAUGGAAACUUUGCUCUGGCUUCGUACUGGGAAUUCGUGCUCAUCACUUUACAGAGGGUUUCCCUGAAUCGUUAUCUAAAUGCCAUUGAAUCUGCAGUCUAUGUGAUUCAUAUAUUUGUCAUUAUGCUACUCACUUGGCAAUGGAGGAACUGGGUUCCAAAGGUCAUAAAGGAUAUUGUAAGAUCCGAUCUGGAAAGAGGCUAUAUCGUUGAUGGCCAGAGAACCAAGAGGUUUAUUAGGCUGCAGCUGUUAUUGGUGUGGAUUUUCACCUGUUUGGCCUUCGCCUUCGAUAUCUGGAGCCAGAAAUGUGUGAUAUAUAGAUCGAUCUUGAGUCUUAACAGCUAUGUGAUGCCCAAUAUCAUAAGCAGUCUAUCAUUCGUUCAGUACUAUCUUCUGCUCCAAGGAAUCGCUUGGCGUCAGAGGAAGGUAACCGAAAACCUAGAUCGCGAGUUAAACCAUUUAAUAAACCCUCGAAAGGCGGAGAUCCAAAGAUAUCGCCUACAUCACGCAGAUCUAACGAAUUUUACCAGAUUGGUUAAUCGUACCUUCCAGUACUCCAUUGUACUCCUCUUCGUGGGUUGUUUUUUGAACUUCAAUUUGGUAUUGUUUCUGGUAUAUCAGGGCAUUGAGAAUCCCUCGAUGGGCGACUUGGCCAAGUGGCUAUACAUGAUCGUCUGGUUGGCCAUGCAUUUGGGAAAAGUAUGCAGCAUCCUGUACUUCAAUCAGAACAUUCAAAAUGAGCAAUCCAAGUGUUUGACCUUAUUGAGUGGAGUCUCAUGCACAGGAAAUGAUCUUCAGGAGACUAUUAACCACUUUAUUCUACAAAUGCGCACGAAUAUACGACAGCAUGUGGUGGGUGGAGUCAUGGUUCUGGAUCUUAAGUUCUUAACAGCUUUGCUGGUAGCCUCUGCUGAUUUUUUCAUCUUUCUGCUGCAAUACGAUGUCACCUAUGAGGCUUUAUCUAAAUCGGUUCAGGGAAAUAUAACCAAAACUUAG